UAAAUAAUAGAGCCGGACAAUGAGCGCUUCGAGGGGCCGCUGAUGGUAUGUCCAGACGAAAGGCGCCUUACGAGCGAAUCGAUCGCGAUGUCGCGCGGCGCUACGAGCUGGUCUCUCGCAUUGGCCGAGGGUGCUAUGGUGUGGUUUUCGAGGUUAUGCUGCGGGACCCAAGCAAGUUCGAGAAGUAUGCCAUGAAAAAGAUUCUCUACGCCUUCAACAAUGCAACAGAUGCUCAGAGGACGUACCGAGAGGUUUCUUAUUUGAUGGAGUUUGGCAGCCACACGAACAUCCUCUACGUUCACGACGUUCUGACUUCUGCUGAUGACAAGCACCUCUACAUUAUCACUGACCUCAUGGAAUCUGACCUUUGCAAAGCCAUCAAGUGCAACUGCCUUGGCGAAGUUCACAAACCAUUGAUCGCACAUCAGAUUCUGCGGGCCUUGAAGUACAUCCACUCUGCUGGUGUGAUGCAUCGCGAUCUCAAGCCCGGCAACAUCCUCUUAGAUCGGAGCUGCCAGGUCCUAGUUGGUGACUUUGGGUUGGCGCGGUCAUCGCCCUAUGAAGCUUCGACUGGAGACAUGGCUAUGCUUACGGACUACAUUGGGCCACGGUGGUACCGAAGUCCAGAACAACUCUUGGGUGCCAGAUACUACUUCACUGCGGUGGAUAUUUGGGCCUGGGGAUGUAUCGUUGGGGAAAUGCACCUCGGGAAGCCGGUCCUCAAGGGCUCCUCAACCAUUGACAUGAUGCACAACAUUGUGGAACUCCUGGGGACGCCUUUGGAGGCUGAUGUGGAUGCAAUGCAGGCUCCCUAUGGACACAUGUCCUUGGGCCAGCUUCCGAUUUCUCUGCCAACUCUCACAUUUGCUGAGAUGAUCCCCAGCUGCCCAGCAGUGCUCAAUGAUCUGCUGGAGCUUUGCUUUCAGUGGAAUCCGAUGAAGCGGCUGACGGCUAUGGAGGCUUUACGACAUCCGUACUUGUCCGCAUUCCAUGACCCCGAUGCGGAGCCCGUCUUUGGACAAAGACUUGAGCUAACCCUGCAAGACAACCACAAGUUUACGACCUCGCAAUAUCGGGACCAGAUGUAUGCCGACAUCAUUGGACUGGAGCAAGCAAUGAAGAGAGUUGAUGAAAAUCAGAAGGCCCAAGCCCUGCUGGAGCAGGAGUGGGAAGAGCAAGACAUUCCAUGAGCUUGUAACCUGAAAUCUGGUUCAAGCAAUGUUUCACCUGAUAAAAAAAGUCGCUGCUCAGCAUUUGGGCCGAAGUGAAUGAUUUCUUGUACAUAAUCGGAACUAGCGAUGAUGGUCGAAUCCAUUGCGCAUACGACGUGUUCCGAAUUCAGGCGGUCUGAAACAGACUCGCCCGCUUUUGGAGGCCUGCGCAAAGAGCACGCAGCGUAUGAAAUGUAAUACGAAACAUGUUGCAGC